GCCUUCGACAUGCAGUCGUAAAGUUAGCCUGUUAUGUAUUUGCGACAUAUGAAGUUAGAUCCUUGGCAGACUGCUGUUAUAAAUGUAUAAACAGCGCCUUCUGUUUGAUAGACCACAGAAGAUGUUGUUUUUAGCGCUGUUAUCGUGUUUGCUGUAUUCUACAGUCAGCGCUGCGAUGUCAGGUGUUUUGAAUGAUGUUUGGGAUUACACUGAGAGCUACCUGCUGACUGUGUGGCAGAACAGGUUAUAUGUGUACACUACUGCUGCUGUUCUCAUAGGAGUCUGCUUUACUAUGAACAUGCUUUUCAAAAAGGAAAAAACGGUCGACCCUGUAAGCCCUUGGCUUUAUAAAUCUGCAAAAAAGCAGGAACUUUCAGCUGAAACAGAAAAAGUAAUUCAUGUUUCUGGGGUCAAAGUGUUCUAUGGAUCACAGACAGGAACAGCAAAGGGUUUUGCAAAAGAGCUUGCUGGAGACGUCAGCGCUCAGGGGAUCCAGUGUGAGGUUAUAGAUAUGAAAGAGUACGACCCCGAGGACAGACUAACUGAGGAGUGCACAAGCAAGAUGAUCUGUGUGUUCCUGGUGGCCACAUACACAGAUGGGCAGCCCACUGAGAGUGCCGAAUGGUUCUCUAAAUGGCUUGAGGAAGCCUCCACAGACUUCCGAUAUGGGAAAACCUACCUGAAGGGAAUGAGAUACGCUGUCUUUGGGCUGGGGAACUCUGUUUAUGUUGGCCAUUAUAACACGGUCAGUAAGAACAUAGAUAAGUGGUUGUGGAUGCUGAGCGCUGCACGGAUCAUGACCAGAGGAGAAGGCGACUGCAACGUUGUGAAGAGCCGACACGGCAGCGUGCAGGCCGACUUCCAGGCCUGGAAAAUGAAGUUCCUGAGCCGGCUGCAGGCCCUGGCCAAAGGGGAGAAGAAAGCCUGCUCUGGCAAAUGCAAGAACGGCAGCUGCAAGAAUAAGAAGAAACAUAAGGAGGAGGCAGAGGACAGCCACUCGCUCGCUGAGAAGAACAACUCUGAGGAGGAGCUGAUGGAGUCCAGCAGUGAUGCAGAGUCCUCCUCUGAGGAAGAGAAGUCUCAUGGCUCCGUCAUCGAUGUGGAGGACCUUGGGAAUGUGAUGAAUCAUAUGAAGAAAGCCAAGAGGAUGGAAGGAGAUGAAGAGGACUCUCAGAGGGUGAAGCUGUCAAAGCAGAAUGGAGUGAGGAAGAGCGAGUCCGAGGAGGAGCAGAGAGAGAUGAUCACUCCAGCCUUGAGAGAUGCUCUGACUAAACAAGGGUACAAGCUAAUAGGAAGUCACUCUGGGGUAAAACUGUGUCGUUGGACCAAGUCAAUGCUGAGAGGGAGAGGAGGCUGCUAUAAACACACCUUCUAUGGGAUUGAAUCACACCGCUGUAUGGAGACCACACCGAGCCUGGCCUGUGCCAACAAAUGUGUUUUCUGCUGGAGACACCACACCAACCCAGUGGGCACGGAGUGGCGCUGGAAAAUGGACCCGGCCGAGAAGAUCAUUCAGGAGGCUGUGGAGAACCACAGGAACAUGAUUCGCCAGUUCAGAGGUAAGGACUCCCCGGAGCGUCGCUGUCUGUUACCUUCAGCUGAGCUCUUCUGCCGCCUUCAAACAAACAACAGUGGAUUGAAAGGUAGGAGUCUUGUGCCCAUUACACAACUUUAUGUCAGCGUUGAUGCCAGCACAAAAGACAGUCUGAAGAAAAUUGACCGCCCCCUUUUCAAAGACUUCUGGCAGCGUUUCUUGGACAGUCUCAGAGCUCUUGGUGAAAAGCAACAGCGUACGGUGUACAGGCUGACCCUGGUGAAGGCCUGGAAUGUGGAUGAGCUGAAGGCCUACUCAGAUCUCAUCGCCCUUGGACAGCCAGAUUUCAUCGAGGUCAAGGGAGUGACAUACUGUGGCGAGAGCUCAGCCAGUAGCCUGACAAUGGCCAACGUACCCUGGCACGAGGAGGUCGUCUACUUUGUGCAGCAGCUUGCCAACCUGCUCCCAGACUAUGAAAUUGCCUGCGAACACGAGCACUCCAACUGUCUGUUACUUGCACACAACAAGUUCAAAGUCGACAGGGAGUGGUGGACAUGGAUUGACUACGAACGCUUCCAGGAGCUCAUUCAGGAAUACGAGGAGAGCGGAGGCACCAAGAGCUUCUCAGCGAUGGACUAUAUGGCCAAGACCCCCAGCUGGGCCAUUUUUGGGGCCCGAGAAAGGGGAUUUGACCCCUCGGACACACGCUUCCAAAGAAGGAAUAAGACCAAAGAUAUCUCAGGGUGUUGAUGUUACUUUUGCCAUCCUACUUUAAGUCUUUAGAGUAAUUUGUAUUUUUAAUGAAUGGAAUAGAUGACCUGAUUGACCCGAUAUUAAAACAUACUUUUUUUUUUAAUUUUAGCCAAGGCUCAGUUUGCUCUCCAAGACUUGCCCUAGGGAUGAAAUUCUGGUUAGCAUAUUCUUGCAGAUACUUGAUAACUCUUUUUUUUUUCAUGCUGUUUUAAUGAAUGUUAGCUGCUGUUUUUAGUUAUGGUCACAGUAAUAAAGAAUUUAAUUUCCAAGUCCUGUUCACUCUGAGCUCUGAAUGUAAUAGCUCUGGUACGAAUACAGGAGGACAGAACUGAAGAACAAGUGACUUGAAUUUAAGGCUUCAUUUACCCAUACCACCUUAGGGCCUAAAUUUAGAGCGCACAAGAGGAAAUAACUGCAAAAUAAAAAUAUCACUAUAGUUAGCUACGUUAAUAUCAUGUCACCUCAAACUGUGAUUUGUGUGUUCUUUUAGACGUUUAGAGGGCAGUUGAGUCAGAUGGGACUUUGAAUGGAGCGGCCCAUGAUACAGCUGAAAGCUAUUUGGAAUCAGAACUGCCCCAUAAAUAUCUCUGUAACAACCACUCAAGACAUUGAAAUGUGAAAUUGCAGUUCUUACUUUUUGCAUUGUCUUAUGCUGUUGUCUAUGUUUUUGUCUUGGGUAUUUCUACACAACAUUGAUGGAUUACAAAUGUCACUACAUGUGUUUGUUUUUUGCAUGUAUUAUUUUAUCAUUCUUUGCCUUUUUGUGUCUUGCAAAAUGUUAUAAUGCAGUUAUGAACCUGAUGUUUGUCCUUGAUUGGGUUAUACUGAUAUUGUAAAUACACCCAAAAGGUAUCUACAAACUGCAUUUGUUAUUCAUGCACAUCCAGGUACGUUGCAAAUGAAAUUGAGUUUUGUCGUAGCUGCUUUCUUGGCGUCUUAUUAAAACUUUUUGGUGUUCUACAG